CGGCCCCGGGCCCCCACUUCUGCCUGCGCUGUGCCCCCCACCCAGCCGCCGGCACGGCCCCGCCCCCGCUGCCCCGGUGGUGGCCCACGGCCCCCCGGCUGCCCGUGGUCAAACUGGAGUCGCUGAAGCGCUGGAACGAGGAGAGGGGCCUGUGGUGCGAGAAGGGGGUGCAGGUGGUGCUGACCACGGUGGGCGCCUUCGCGGCCUUCGGCCUCAUGACCAUCGCCAUCAGCACCGACUACUGGCUGUACACGCGCGCGUUCAUCUGCAACACCACCAACCUCACGGCCGGCGACGACGCGCCGGCCCACCGCGGGGGCAGCGGCUCCUCGGAGAAGAAGGACCCCGGCGGCCUCACCCACUCGGGGCUCUGGAGGAUAUGCUGCUUGGAAGGGUUGAAAAGAGGUGUCUGCGUGAAGAUCAACCAUUUCCCGGAGGACACGGACUACGACCAUGACAGCGCGGAGUAUCUGCUCCGAGUCGUCCGGGCCUCCAGCAUCUUUCCCAUCCUCAGCGCCAUCCUGCUGCUGCUCGGGGGCGUGUGCGUGGCGGCCUCCCGGGUCUACAAAUCCAAGAGGAACAUCAUUCUGGGCGCAGGGAUCCUGUUCGUGGCAGCAGGCCUGAGCAACAUCAUCGGCGUGAUCGUGUACAUCUCGGCCAACGCGGGCGAGCCGGGUCCGAAGCGGGACGAGGAGAAGAAGAACCACUACUCGUACGGCUGGUCCUUCUACUUCGGCGGGCUGUCGUUCAUCCUGGCCGAGGUGAUCGGCGUGCUGGCCGUCAACAUCUACAUCGAGCGCAGCCGCGAGGCGCACUGCCAGUCUCGCUCGGACCUGCUCAAGGCCGGCGGGGGCGCGGGCGGCAGUGGCGGGAGCGGCCCCUCGGCCAUCCUCCGUCUGCCCAGUUACCGCUUCCGCUACCGCCGCCGCUCCCGCUCUAGCUCCCGCUCCAGCGAGCCGUCGCCGUCGCGGGACGCGUCUCCCGGCGGCGCCGGAGGCCCGGGCUUCGCCUCCACGGACAUCUCCAUGUACACUCUCAGCCGCGACCCGUCCAAGGGCAGCGUGGCCGCGGGGCUGGCGGGGGCCGGCGGCGGCGGCGGUGGUGGCGGAGCCGGCGGGGCGUACGGCGGCGCGGCGGCGGGCGCGGGCGGCGGCGGCGGGGCGGGCGCCGAGCGGGACCGCGGGGGGGCGCCCGGCUUCCUCACGCUGCACAAUGCCUUCCCCAAGGAGGCGGGCGGCGGGGUCACGGUCACGGUCACCGGGCCGCCCGCCGCGCCCGCGCCCGCCCCGCCUGCGCCCGCGGCGCCAGCCCCCGGGACCCUGGCCAAGGAGGCCGCCGCCUCCAACACCAACACGCUCAACAGGAAAACCACGCCGGUGUAGGGGCGCGCCGGGGGGCGCCGAGGGGGCGUGUCCGGGGCGCGUGCGCGGGCGCGCGUGCAACGAGGCUGCCGGGGUGGGGCGGGGGCGCCCCCCCUCCCCGCGAGCGCGCUGGAGAACUGCGUGGCCCUCCCCGCGCCCCGCCUUCCGAUCGGGGACCCUGAGGGAGGGAGCCGUCGGGAGGGGGCGUCGUGUUUUAUUUAUUUACUUUUUUUUGUGGGUUGGCGGGGUGGGGGGAGGGCCGUGGAGUUUUUUUGCAGUUUUGAGAUGUUUUCUUUUUAAUGUUUUGCUGUGUGCAUGUGGGGGCGGGGCGGUGGGGGAGGGAGGGACUCCCAGCCCAGCCCGGCCCAACUCCUGGAGAGGGGCCCAUAACACACGAAUAUAUAGUUAUACCUACAAACUAUAUAUAUGCCCUCUGUAAAGAGAUAGAAAGGUAAAGAGAAGGCAGGCAGAAAGGCAAAGUAACGAGGAGUGGAUGUGGGCUUUUCAUUUUUUCAUUUUUCAUUCAUUAUUCCACAAGGGUUUAUUAAGUGCCUGUUGUGUACCAGGAAGGCGCUGGAGAGGGAACAUAAACAGGCGAUCAGAGUGACUGGUUCAUUCAUUAUCCGAAAUUUAUUUGUGCACCUAAGCACUAGGCGUUGUGCCAGAUGCUGAGGCUACAGAAAGGAGGAAGACAGACAGGGUCUCCCCAGCGUCCUCACAGAGUUUGCAUCUUGUGCAGGAGAUAGACGUUAAUCAAAGAACUGUGUGUACAAGCAGCAAGGUACAGUUAGGACACAGGAGAAGUCUGAAAUGCUACAAAAUGUUCUGUCAGGGAUGGGUAACCCAGUUUAAAAGGAAGAAAUAUUUUAGCUGACAUUGAAAGGAUGACAGGAAGCCAGCCAGGUGAGGCUGGAAGUGUGGCAGUCAGAGAACAGCAUAUGCCAAGGCCCUGGGGCAGGAAGAGCUUAAGGGAGGGCUACGGCAUAGUGAGCUGGAUGCAGAUGGGCCAAGAUGAUGCCGGAGAUGUAAACAGAGCCAGACUGCCCAGGGCCUCAGAAGUUACAUCAGGAGUUUGGAUUUUAUUCUGAGGGCAGCAGGGGGCCCUGGAAUGGCUUUCAAAGGGAGCAUAACGUGAAUGGAGUACAAAAGGGAGGCAGGAACUCAAAGAGGAGAGUGAGAGGCAGAGACAGGCUGAAAUUCAGCAUCAAACACAGGCACUGGCCCUUGAAACUCACACUCCUGGGAGGACGCAGAUAAUCACACAAAAUACUGAAGCACAGGCAUGGUGUCUGCUGCGAUUUA